AUGGGCGGGGACACGCGAUGGUUCGGGCCGCUCGACGCCCGUAUCCUGUCGCUGGCGGCCCCCGCCCUGGGCACGCUGGCCAUCGACCCCCUGCUCGGCGUGGUGGACACCGCCUUCGUCGGGCGUCUCGGGGCGGAGGAGCUGGCGGGCCUCGCUCCGGCGAACAGCGUGUUCACGUUCGCCUUCCUGUGCUUCAACUUCCUCUCACAGGCCACCGCACCGCUUGUAGGGCAGGCGCUGGCGGCCGAGGACGACGCGCGUGCGCGCAAGACCGCGGGACAGGCGAUCACGCUCGCGGUCGUCCUCGGCAGCGCCUGCUGCGUGCUCCUGGAGACCUUCGGGGAACCUGCGCUCGCCGCCGUCGCCGGCGGGGCCGCGGGCGACGGUGGCGUCCUCGAACAGUCCCUCGGGUACCUCCAAGUGCGCGCCCUCGGCCUCCCAGCGGUGCUCGUCAGCAACGCCUGCGGGGGCGUCUUCCGCGGGCUGCUCGACACGCGCACGCCGCUCAAGAUCGCACUCGGGGCCAACCUGGUCAACUUCGUGCUGGAUCCGAUCCUGAUCUUCGGUCUCCCGGGUGCGGAGGGCGCGCUCGGGGCCGGCCUCGGCGUCCGCGGCGCCGCUGCGGCCACCGCUGUCUCGGAGUGGGCCGGCGCUGCGUGGUACCUCACGGAGCUUCGAAGGACGCAGAUCGGGGGCCCUGCGAGGCUGCUCGAGGAGUCCGGCGCGCGGUUGCCGUCGUGGGACGACGUGGCCCCGCUCGUGCGGGCGGGCGGGGCGCUGAUUCUGCGCACCUCGGUGCUGCAAGCGAUGCUGCUGUUGGCUACUGCGGAGGUGGCGCACGGGCCGGACGGCGCGAUCGGGGUCGCCGCGCACCAGGUGUCGAUCCAGGGGUGGAUGCUGCUGUCGUUCACGAUGGACUCGAUCGCGGUCGCGGCGCAGGGCCUCGUGGCAGAGGCGUCGGGGGGGCGCGACAUUGCAAUGGCGCGCACGAUCGCCGGCCGGGCGCUCGCGUACGGCCUCGCGCUCGGCGUCGUCGCUGGCGGCGGGCUGUGGUGCGCGCGCGGCGCCCUGAUCGGCGGGUUCACGACCGAUCAGGACGUGGGGCGGUUAGCGGAGUCGUCGCUGGGAUGGGUUGCGGGCAUGCAGCCGCUCAACUCCGUGGCGUUCGUCGGCGACGGCAUCCUGUCGGGGGCGGGGGACUUCGGCUUCAUGGCGGCAGCGAUGUGCUGCGCUGCGGGCGGAGCCGGCACGGCGAUGCUGGGGGGCGUGGGGUCCCUGACAGCGGUGUGGCAGUCCCUGACGGUGUUACAAGCGGGCCGCUGCGCAGGCAUACUCGCGCGGCUGCUCGGGGCCGGGGGCGGGCCGCUGGCCCCGGUCGCCCAAUCGGGCAAGACAGAGGGCCGGGGUUGA